AUGUUUCUGGUGUUAUCUGUCCCCUGCAGUGUGUACGGCUGCCCUCUGGCCAAGAAGAGGAAGACACUGGACAGACAGCCCCUGGAACCCCUGGAGCCAGCCCCCAAGGGGACACCCCUCGUAACCCACAUGGACAACUCUACUAUGGAGGAGAGCUACGAGACGGAUGGAACAGAAGAGAUGGAUGACAGAGAGGAGGAGGUGGAGGAGGGAGUAGAGGAUGGGGGAGAUGAAGAAGAGGAGGAGGUAGAGGAGGAGGAAGAGGAGAAGGGAUACUCAGAUGACAAUGAGGAACAGAUGGAGCAGGAAGAAGGAGAGGUGGAGAAAGGGGAGGGAGAGGGGGAGGAGGUAGAGGUGGAACAAGAGGAGGAGGAGGAGGGAGUAGAAGAGGAGGAAGAUGAUGAAGAGGAGGAGGAGUAUGAGGAGGAGUAUGAUGAGCAGAGUCAAGGCCAAGGUGAGACUUUAUUUACUCCUCUGUUACACUGAAAGAUAUUAGGACAUUUUAUUCAAAAUAAUGUAAAUAUUUGCGUUGCGGAAUGGUUAGCCUAGAAUAUACAGUGAGGGAAAAAAGUAUUUGAUCCCCUGCUGAUUUUGUAAGUUUGCCCACUGACAAAGACAUGAUCAGUCUAUAAUUUUAAUGGAAGGUUUAUUUGAACAGUGAGAGACAGAAUAACAACAAAAAAAUCCAGAAAAAUGCAUGUCAAAAAUGUUAUAAAUUGAUUUGCAUUUUAAUGAGGGAAAUAAGUAUUUGACCCCCUCUCAAUCAGAAAGAUUUCUGGCUCCCAGGUGUCUUUUAUACAGGUAACGAGCUGAGAUUAGGAGCACAUUCUUAAAGGGAGUGCUCCUAAUCUCAGUUUGUUACCUGUAUAAAAGACACCUGUCUACAGAAGAAAUCAAUCAAUCAGAUUCCAAACUCUCCACCAUGGCCAAGACCAAAGAGCUCCCAAAGGAUGUCAGGGACAAGAUUGUAGACCUACACAAGGCUGGAAUGGGCUAUAAACCAUUGCCAAGCAGCUUGGUGUCAGUUUGGCACCGAUGUGGAUGUGAAGAGGAGUCAGGCGCAGGACACAGAGGUUUAGUCCAACAAACUUUACUAUAGUAAAGUGAACAAUAAUCAAUACACGACCUCGAAACACACAGAGGCAAUAACAGUACGCAACAUGCGUAAAACAAAACAUGUAGAGCGCAAACACGCAGCUCAAACGACACGCGGACAACAACACACAAUAUCACUAACACAAAACAGGGAACUUAUAGGACACGUAAUUAGGACACAAACAGACACAGGUGUACUAGACAGACCAAAGCAAUCAACACACGAAACAUACAACGGUGGCAGCUAGUAUUCCGGGGACGGCGAACGCCGAAGCCUGCCCGAACCAGGAGGAGGAGCAGCCUCGGCCGAAACCGUGACACUUGGUGAGAAGGUGACAACAGUUGGUGUGAUUAUUCGCAAAUGGAAGAAACACAAAAUAACUGUCAAUCUCCGUCGGCCUGGGGCUCCAUGCAAGAUCUCACCUCGUGGAGCUGCAAUGAUCAUGAGAACAGUGAGGAAUCAGCCCAGAACUACACGGGAGGAUAUUGUCAAUGAUCUCAAGGCAGCUGGGACCAUAGUCACCAAAAAAACAAUUGGUAACACACUACGCCAUGAAGGACUGAAAUCCUGCAGCGCCCGCAAGGUCCCCCUGCUCAAGAAAGCACAUAUACAGGGCUGUCUGAAGUUUGCCAAUGAACAUCUGAUUCAGAGGAGAACUGGGUGAAAGUGUUGUGGUCAGAUGAGACCAAAAUCGAGCUCUUUGGCAUCAACUCAACUCGCCAUGUUUGGAGGAGGAGGAAUGCUGCCUAUGACCCCAAGAACACCAUCCCCACCGUCAAACAUGGAGGUGGAAACAUUAUGCUUUGGGGGUGUUUUUCUGCUAAGGGGACAGGACAACUUCACCGCAUCAAAGGGACGAUGGACGGGGCCAUGUACCGUCAAAUCUUGGGUGAGAACCUCCUUCCCUCAGCCAGGGCAUUGAAAAUGGGUCGUGGAUGGGUAUUCCAGCAUGACAAUGACCCAAAACACACGGCCAAGGCAACAAAGGAGUGGCUCAAGAAGAAGCACAUUAAGGUCCUGGAGUGGCCUAGCCAGUCUCCAGACCUUAAUCCAUAGAAAAUCUGUGGAGGGAGCUGAAGGUUCGAGUUGCCAAACGUCAGCCUCGAAACCUUAAUGACUAGGAGAUGAUCUGCAAAGAGGAGUGGAACAAAAUCCCUCCUGAGAUGUGUGCAAACCUGGUGGCCAACUACACACCCGUUCAAAAGUUUGGGGUCACUUAGAAAUGACUCAACGUCAACAGUGAAGAGGCGACUCCGGGAUGCAGACCUUAUAGGCAGAGUUGCAAAGAAAAAGCCAUAUCUCAGACUGGCCAAUAAAAAUAAAAGAUUAAGAUGGGCAGUCUGAGAUAUGGCUUUUUCUUUGCAACUCUGCCUAGAAGGUCAGCAUCCCGGAGUUGCCUCUUCACUGUUGACGUUGAGACUGGUGUUUUGUGGUUACUAUUUAAUGAAGCUGCCAGUUGAGGACCUGUCAGGCACCUGUUUCUCAAACUAGACACUCUAAUGUAUUUGUCCUCUUGCUCAGUUGUGCACCGGGGCAUCCCACUCCUCUUUCUAUUCUGGUUAGAGACAGUUUGCACUGUUCUGUGAAGGGAGUAGUACAUAGCGUUGUAGGAGAUCUUCAGUUUCUUGGCAGUUUCUCGCAUGGAAUAGCCUUCAUUCAGAACAAGAAUAGACUGACGAGUUUCAGAAGAAAGUUAUUUGUUUCUGGCCAUUUUGAGCCUGUAAUCGAACCCACAAUUGCUGAUUCUCCAGAUACUCAACUAGUCUCAAGAAGGCCAGUUUUAUUGCUUCUUUAAUCAGCACACAGUUUUCAGCUGUGCUAACAUAAUUGCAAAAUAGUUUUCAAAUGAUCAAUUAGCCUUUUAAAAUGAUACACUGGGAUUAGCAAACACAACGUGCCAUUGGAACACAGGACUGAUGGUUGCUGAUAAUGGGCCUCUGUACGCCUAUGUAGAUAUUCCAUAAAAAAUCAGCAGUUUCCAGCUACAAUCGCCAUUUACAACAUUAACUAUGUCUACACUGUAUUUCUGAUUAAUUUGAUGUUAUUUUUAUGGACCAAAAAAUUGCUUUUCUUUCGAAAACAAGGACAUUUCUAAGUGACCCCCAACUUUUGAACCGUAGUGUGUAUAUAUAGUGCCUUCGGAAAGUAUUCAGACCCCUUGACUUUUUUCAAAUUUACAGCCUUAUUCUAAAAUUCAUUAAAUAGUUUUUUUUACCCUCAUCAAUCUACACACAAUAACCCAUAAUGACAAAGUAAAAACGUUUAUUUUUUAUAUUUUUUAUAUCACAUAAGUAUUCAGACCCUUUACUCAGUACUUUGUUGAAGCACCUUUAACAGCGAUUACAGACUUGAAUCUUCUUGAGUAUGAUGCUACAAGAUUUGCACACCUGUAUUUGGGGAGUUUCUCCCAUUCUUCUCUGCAGAUGCUCUCAAGCUCUGUCAGGUUGGAAGGGGAGCGUUGCUGGACAGCUAUUUUCAGGUCUCUCCAGAGAUGUUCGGGCUCUGGCUGGGCCACUCAAGGACAUUCAGAGACUUGUCCCAAAGCCACUCCUGCGUUGUCUUGGCUGUGUGCUUAGGAUCAUUGUCCUGUUGGAAGAUGAACCUUCGCCCCAGUCUGAGUUCCUGAGCACUCUGGAGCAGGUUUUCGAACAAGGAUCUCUCUGUACUUUGCUCUGUUCAUCUUUCCCUCAAUCCUGACUAGUCUCCCAGUCCCUGCCGCUGAAAAACAUCUUCACAGCAUGAUGCUGCCACCACCAUGCUUCCCCAUAGGGAUGGUGCCAGGUUUCCUCCAGACGUGAUGCUUGGCAUUCAGGCCAAAGAGUUUAAUCUUGGUUUCAUCAUACCAGAUAAUCUUGUUUCUCAUGGUCUGUGAAUCUUUAGGUGCCUUUUGGCAAACUCCAAGCUGGCUGUCGUGCCUUUUACUGAGGAGUGGCUUCCAUCUGACCGCUCUACCAUAAAGGCUUGAUUGGUGGAGUGCUGCAGAGAUGGUUGUUCUUCUGGAAGGUUCUCCCAUCUCCACAGAGGAACUCUAGAGCUCUGUCAGAGUGACCAUCGUGUUCUUGGUCACCUCCCUGACCAAGGCCCUUCUCCCCCGAUUGCUCAGUUUUGCCGGGUGGCCAGCUCUAGGAAGAGUCUUGGUAGUUCCAAACAUCUUCCAUUUAAGAAUGAUGGAGGCCACUGUGUUCUUGGGGACCUUCAAUACUGCAGAAAGGUUUUGGUACCCUUCCCCAGGUCUGUGCCUCGACACAAUCCUGUCUCGGAGCUCUACAGAUAAUUCCUUCGACCUCAUGGCUUGGUUUUUGCUCUGACAUGCACUGUCAACUUUGGGACCUUAUAUAGACAGGUGUGUGCUUUUCCAAAUCAUGUCCAAUCAAUUGAUUUUACCACAGUUGGACUCCAAUCAAGUUGUAGAAACAUCUCAAGGAUGAUCAAUGGAAACAGUAUGCACCUGAGCGCAAUUUGAGUCUCAUAGCAAAGGGUCUGAAUUCUUAGGUAAAUAAGGUAUUUCUGUUUUUGAUUUUUAAUACAUUUGCAAAAAACUCAAAAAACCUGUUUUCACUUUGUCAUUAUGGGGUUUGCUGAGGAGUAAAAAAAAAAAAUCAAUUUUAGAUUAAGGCAGUAACGUAACAAAAUGUGGAAAAUGUAAAUGGUUCUGAAUACUUUCUGAAGGCACUGUAUAUAUGUGCAGUAUAGUAAGCAAUAAAGGCAUGCAAUUAUACUUUUGCCAGUGUACUGGGAAUUGAGAUGUGAUAUAAUUCUACAUAACAACAUCCAAAUGAAAUCCCAAGCCUGCAUGUCCUAGAACAUAGAAUAUAUUAUGCUGCUCAUAUUCCUUUGAUCUUUGUUUGUUUCAUCUGUUUGACUGGUUUAUUUAUUUAUUUGUUUGAGCAUUUGCUUUUCCUCCAACCUAUAAGACGACUGUAGCUACCUGAAACAUAAUUUUUUGUGCUAGAUCAAACCCGGUCACUAAGAAUAGAGAGAUGGUUUGGCAGCAAAGGCUAUUUUUUCAGGAGACUGAGCUCUCUAAUUUGAGGUGUGUUUGGGCGAUUUGACAUUACCUUCAGGGUUAUCUCAGUCGCAGGUUAAGCAGUGCUGGUGUUGUCUCUCAGACACAGAUCCUGUUAAAAUGACAGUUUGGCACUUGCUGGAUGUGAACCCUCUGUCUGUCUAUCUCCAAAACACCUAAAUGCCCUGAAAUAGUGAAUCAGGACUCAAAAUGAUGCGGUGAAAGAAGCUAAAUGCUUAUCUAUCAUUCUUGAAAUUACAGCAUCCAUAUAACUACAGUAUAGGUGUCAGAGAGUGCAUGUAUUUGUGUGAGAAAAGUCAAAAGCAGCCUUCGCUUAAUGGCAUAGAUAAGUUAUGCUAGAUUUUUUAUUUUAUUUAAUUUUUUAUUUUACCUUUAUUUAACUAGGCAAGGCAAAUUCUUAUUUACAAUGACGGCCUACACCGGCCAAACCCGGACGACGCUGUGCCAAUUGUGCGUCACCCUAUGGGACUCCCAAUCACGGCCGGUUGUGAUACAGCCUGGAAUCGAACAAGGCGGUCUGUAGUGACGCCUCAAGCACUGAGAUGCAGUGCCUUAGACCGCUACGCCACUCGGGAGAUAUUAAACCUUCUGUUCAAAAUGACCUGCAACAAACCAAUUGAGCACAGAUCUCUCUAUAGAGAGAAGACACAGUAGCCUGUGUCUGGUUUGGAGACAGUCUGGGACGUGACAAGUUCUUCUCCAUGUGUGGUCUCUGCCCCUGACGUGCCCAAACAUUUGACAGGUUUCUCACCAACUCAUUCUGCCUCUCACUCCCGCACCUCAAAUCCUUCCUGACAGAACCUUCACGUCCAAUUAAGACAGGAGCUCUGAGAGAGAGAGAGAGAUAGAUAGAGGGGGGCUGUGUUAACCCUCUUUGGUACAGUACGUUGUGCUAGCUUCCUUCUAGUAGUGUUAGUGUGUAUCAGCCUCCCUCAUCUGUCUCUCUCUGUCUCUCUGUUGGCCAUGUGAGAAUCUCCCUAGACUGACAUUAAUUACAGAGACCACAGUCAAGGAGAUAGUCUUUGUUCCAUUCUUGGCCCAAAGAGCACAAUUCAAUCAAUUCCACUGGGAGUUCUAGCUUUCUGCUCUGGCCUAAUUAAACUUAGUGAAUAUUUGGGAUUCUCUCCAUCGUUCUCAACCACAGUGCCAUCUUUAGGUAGGAGGAUGACAUCACACCUUUUUUCGUCUCCUUUUUUCUCCUUCCCAGAAAUGUAGAUAAGUCUCUCCACAUGCGUUAGUCUACUAUCAUUUCCACCAUACUCUCGAAGACAUAAGUGGCAGCAGGCAGAUUCCAAUCUGCUCACUGUAAUAGAGGUGGCAUUGUUAUGGCGGCUCUGUGUUUCUCAAUGGAUAUUUGCACACUAUUGCACGCUGCUGCUGCAUUGCUAAAGCUUUGUACAGAGCAGUGCAAUCGCUCAGUUCCCCUUUCAAUCUGUUUUGCUUUCCUAUCCCCUUUCGUGUACCUUGAUUGCUCUUCAAAUUGCUUUCCUGAGCCAUGUUUCAAAACAUCAGAAAUGUAACCUCUGGCAGCCAGGGUAAGGGUAUGGUACUGUAAGAAAGCGUUCCCCUGUCAAAAGUUGUGCCUGGUCAGUCGUGACUGUUCUCUCUCCGUGGCCCAGAGCCCAGAGCCCUCACCCCAACACCCUACAUGUUGUGUUGCUCUCAGUAGAUUGGGGAGUUGGUGUGUGUGUGUGUGUGUGUGUGUGUGUGUGUGUGUGUGUGUGUGUGUGUGUGUGUGUGUGUGUGUGUGUGUGUGUGUGUGUGUGUGUGUAAGUGUAUGUCGUGUGUUGUCUGGGUGUGCAUGGACUUAUUUGUGAACACGUAUGUGAAGUAUCUCAAGUAUGCUUAUAUGUGUUUGUUUGUGCAUGUAAGUCUUUCAUGCUUCAUGUUUCCCCAUUUUAAUAUCUAUCUUAUUGAAAUGUUCCCGUUCACACACACAAGUGUAUUGGGACAGCCGAUGUGGCUUUGAACCUGGCGAUUUAUUAAUACUUCACCAAGGAAGAUUACACCUCACUACUGUUUUGUCAGGUGAUUUUCUCACUCCCUCCAGAAAUCAAAGUCACAUGUAUUAUUUAUUUGUUGGCCUCAGGGUUUAUUCUCUGCAUGAAUGUAAGUGGCAAAAGUGUGGUGGGUCGGGUGUGAGCGAUGCGAUGCGCUCUUGGCGGGAGGGAAUGUGAGAAGUGGUCCAGAGAGUUGCUGCUUCACAUUAAUGACAAUAGAGGCUCAGCUACCUUUAGCAGCCUGUCUGGCAGAAUCAAUUAGCCAAUGGCCAGCAUUCUAAAUAUCCUGUUGAUUGGCCAAAAAUGGACAUUCUGGAAUGAGGAGAAUGUAGGGAUUUGUAAUGGCACAUUACAUGAGACAAUCAAUGUAUAGCAUAAAGCAUGAGGAUUCCAGUUUGAAGGUAUUUUGCUCCCCUACAAAAUGUGGUCAAAUGAAAAGUGUGUUGCUUUAUGCCAGUUACUUAGCCAUCAACUGGCAGCCACAGUGUUCUUGUUGUUGUGACCGAAAGGAUCCAGAUUACUAGGAUGCAGUGUACUGAAUGUACAUCCAAAACAUCUCUAUGGAAAUUUCCAAACCACUUUAUCCCACUUCCUGUGCUGAUUCACAAUACCCUUUACAGGCUGCUGUUAAGACCCUGAAAGUACAUUAUUGAGAAACGCAAAGAGUUCCUUAUCCAAUUUAAAUGGACCAAGCCCAGAAAUCUGAUUUACCCGUUAAAUAGAAUGAGUGAAAUGUGAUUACAAUCCACUUAUUCUUCUAUUUUUCCACGUACAGAGGACGAUCAGCUGAGUGUCGGCAGUGGCGGCCAUCCCAAAUCCGGUCCGACGGGGGAGAAGGACGACAACAACAACGAUGAAUAUGAGAACUAUGAUGAGCUGGUGGCCAAGUCUCUGCUCAACCUGGGAAAGAUCGCAGAGGACGCCGCCUACCGCGCCAUGACAGAGUCUGAGAUGAACAGCAACUCCUCCAACAGCGCCGAGGAAGAAGAGGAGGAGGAAGAAGAAGAGGAGGAGGAGGAGGAAGAAGAAGAGGAGGAUGAGGAAGAAGAAGAGAUGGAGGGUGGGGAGGGAGGUCAAAGGAAGGGUGAGUUGACUCUGGAUGUGGACAGUGAUGUAGUGAGGGAGACUGUGGACUCUCUGAAGCUGCUGGCCCAGGGUCAUGGGGCCGUGCUCUCUGACAACCUGGAUGAAGGAGACUAUGAGGAAGGGACGGGGGAGAACAGGGAAGGGAGCCGUAAUGGAGGAGGUGGAGGUGGUAACGGUCAGGGUAAACCCUCUAACGGACUGGAGGAGAGUGAUGAGGAGGUGUGUCUAAGCAGCCUGGAGUGUCUGAGGAACCAGUGCUUCGACCUGGCCCGCAAACUGAGUGAGACGCAGCCGGCCGACCGCUUGGGCACAGGCCUCCCCCAGCAGAGCCACCCUGGUGGGGGGGACACCCAGGGGCAGCACCCCCAUCCCCACCCCCACUCCCUCUCCCACCAACCUGGGUACGGGGACCCCCAGCAGAGCCAGGAGGAUAGGCGCACCCUGGAGAGGAACUACUCCGACAUGGUCAACCUGAUGAAGCUGGAGGAGCAGUUGAGCCCGCGCUCCAAGGCUUUCUCCAGCUGCGCUCAGGAUGACCGCUACCACAACCACAUCCACGACCGGGACGAGGACACGCAGUCAGUGACGUCAGAUCGCUCGGAGGAGGUGUUCGACAUGACCAAGGGGAACCUGUCUCUGCUGGAGAAGGCUAUCGCGCUGGAGUCUGAGAGGGCCAAGGCCAUGAGGGACAAGAUGGCUGCCGAGGCGGCGCGGAGGGACAGGGUGAGGUAUCAUCAUCACCAUGGAGACCAUCAUGGGGAGCACCAAUCACGGCACGGCUACGGAGAGGAGCGCAAGGCCCGCCUCCAUGAUGGGAUGAAGAAGCCCUACUACCAUAAAGGUAAGUAAACCUGGCUAGAAGGAUUUUGACUUAUAAAGAGGAUGCACAGUGUGUUAUGUAUGCUGCCACAACACUAGACAUUCGCCUACCUCUCUCACCUUGCUGAGGUGAAUGAACAGUUCAUGUAUGAUUGUCAGGUAAACCCCAGUCAGUCCCUGGCUCUGCUCUCCAUAUCCCUUCAUAGGGAUGGCAGGCUGAUGUGCUCACUGGGAAACCUCACUGUGACCCCAGGACAGGCUUUUGCAGCCAAUUUGGAGACUAGCAUCUCUGCAGCGUCCGCAGCAGCUUAUGUUGUUAAAAUAGGCCAGCAUGGCAACAUGAGAGGGUUGGCUUGUCAGGCAUAAGUAAUGGCAAUCUGCAUGGCCCGUUAGGACUGCAAAUCGCAUCCCUCCCUGCCUGCCAUGCAGCCACGGCUAAAGCUGCUUAUUUAGAGAGGGACUCUGGAAUCUACAAAAUAGAAGCCUGCUGGAGCUUCCUCUGAAAGGGAACUGGGUACUGCAUACAAUAGAAACUGUGGAAUUUAGGUUUUAGGGUAAAGUUGUAUUAUGUCCUGCGUCCUGCGUCCCAGAGCCAAAUAAUUAGUAGAAUGUGGCUUUUUCUUUGUGUUGUAGUUGGGAUUUUAUUGGGUGUUUAGUGGUGCAGGUUCCCUUCCAUACUGUAUAUUCAGACAUGCUGUUCUAGGGUGGUUGAUUUCAGACCCAGUGUUUUGAAUAUCUGUAUCUUAAUGGAUUAUCUGCCCAGACACAUAAGUAGGUAUAUUAUGCACACUUAGUUCUGACUUCAAGAUUACAAAGUGACAUUUACAAUGGUUGCUUCUCCAAGAAUAUUUGAAGAGUGAUUAUUCUUACUGUAUUCUGUCUCCCAUCCUACAGAGAUGGAACACUCAUAUCAAGGACCGAAUCCUCACCCUCCACUAUGCUGUAUCACAUUAGUGGAAACCAAGACUGUUCUCAGAGCAGGUCUGCCGGUUUUGACUAGCAAAAGUUACUUUUCGUAGCAGGUUAGGAGAAUUUACGCAGCAGGUUAAGAGAAUUAACGUGGCAGGUUAGGAUAAUUAGGUUAAGGUUAGGAAAAGGGUUAGGGUUAGGGUUAGCUAAAAUGCUAAAAUUCUUCCUGACUGGACUCGAACAUAUCUAGCUACAACCAGGCCUGCCCUGAGAACACUCUUGGUUUCCAAUAAUGCAAUGCUGCCUCCAGGCUGAGAUAACGAGGGAAGUUAGAGACAAACUCCACAUUUGAAAGACAAAUGCCACACAAAUGCUAAUUUCACAUGCACGGCAUGGCCCCUGUAUCUGGCUAAUGUUGGAAUAACAGGAGUAUGUGCAUCACGAUAACAUCUUCUACCUGGAGAGAUAGCGGCAGACACCUCGUUGACCAGGGUACCUGUCUGUGAUUUAAAAGUGAAGCGGAGGUGGUGGCUAUGAGGGGAGAGCCCGGCCGGCCAGCCAGGGAAAAAAAAACAGGCGGGGAAAUGGAAAUUGAACAGUGUCCAAAUGAGUGAUAAUGAACAACAGGCCCACCGACUGCACAUUCAUUAUCCAGAGAUGGUAUGGUAAUUGGGGCCAUUUUCUAUGCAGAGCAUGGCCUGUCUCCAGCCACAAUCAAUAUCCUCUGCUUUCUAAUAUGCAUUCCACUUGGCUGCCUCCCUCCUGUCCUCCACUCUCCACUGUCCACCGUGAGGCAGACAGCCAGAGGCCCGUGGUGUGUGUCUGUGUGCGUGUGUUCCUCUUAUUGGAAACUGUAAAAAAAAUUGUCAGACUGCAUCAGUGAUACAGAGAAAAACAUUUACCAUGCCAUUAUGUACUGUGAUUUUACAGUUCUUUCUCAGUAUGAAAAUGGGCCUAUGUGAUUUGGAGUCAUGCCAGGUAAAAGGGGAGAGUCAGACACAACACAGACACAGUGUACCAACCCCAUGUGUCCUAAUAUGAUACUGUCAGAGGAAGAGGAAGGCGUAAACGUACAAGGAGGUAAUGAGGGGCGUGUUCUGAUCUAUGGAGUAACAGGGACUCGUCAUCGUACUCACUAGUAUAAGAGUGUAAUGUACUCCCUCUCUCUAUCUACUCUCUCUCUAGAGGAGAGAAAGGGAGAGAGAGAGAGAAAGGGAGAGAGAGGCGAGAGCGAGAGAGAGAGAGAGCGAGAUGAGAGGAGAGAGGGGGAGAGGAGUGAGAGGGAGAGAGAAGAGCGCGAGAGAGAGAGGGAAAGGAGGGAAGAGAGAGGAAGAGAGGAAGAGAAUUGCAAUCAGAGGUGUGCAAAAAAUAUACAGAUCUAGAUAUUAGAUAAUGUAAUGGCAGAUAUAAUCGAUAUAUAUCUCUCUUCUAUAUCCCUGUAUAUUUCUCUACUUUCUAUCUUGCUAUAUCUCUGCUCCUAUGAUCUCUCUCUCUCUAUCUCUCCAUUAUCUAUUCUAUUCUCUCUCUAGCGCUCUCCAUUUCUGUCCCUUUUCCUUUUAAUUUCCCCCUUCUCUCUCUAUCUCUCUCUAUCUUCUCUCUCUCUCUCUCUCUCUAUCUCAUCUCUCUCUUCUCUCUCUUCUCUCUCUCUCUCUCUCUCUCUCUCCUGUACUCAUCUCUCUCAGCCUCUCUCUCUCUGCCUCUCUCUCCCUAUCUCUCUGCCUCUCUCUCUGCCUCUCUCUCUCUCUCCCUCUCUCUCUCUCUCUGUCUCUCUGUCUCUUUCUCUGUCUUUCUCCAUCUGUCUCUCUCGUCCUCCUUCUCCCCCCCCCCCCUCUCUCUGUCUAUUUAUCCCUCUCUUUCUCUCUCUCUCUACCUAAUCCUUUCUCUCUCACUACCUCUGUGUCUGGGUUUAUUUAGGUUAUUCUGUAAGUGGUGGAGGUGAAGGUACCAGGUUACAGCAGCCUAUCAAACUUUAAUUAGCAGACUCUCUGUUGUCCUGCGUUUUAAAAGCACCUCUCUCUCUCUGUCUUCUCUCUCUCGCUCUCAGUCUCUCGUCCUCUCUCUUUUUCUCUCUCAUCCUCUCUCUCCUUGUCUCUCUCACUCCUUUACUACUACUAUGUGGAAGAUGUGAAAGGAAAUCUAUCCCCUCUCUCUUUCUCGCUUAUCCUUUUUCUUCCCCCUCUCUCCCUUACCUCUUACCAAAUGUUUGCUGGCUCAAAUGGGCUUAGAAAAAAGCUCUUGUUUGUGUGUGCUAUCUGUGUCGCACAAGCAAUAUGUCAGCCAAAAUACACAAGAGAUCCUUAAAUCCUGAUAAUCAUUUAAUGGAAAACAAGCUGCAGAUAAUAGCUACUGAAUAUCCUAGCAUCACAGAACAAUCUAUUACCUUGUUACCUAGUUGAAGACAUUUGGGGGGCUGUUGCACCUGAUGCCGGUUGGCAUGGGCUGGUAUCACUGCUUUUGGAUGGUAACACUAUCUGAUCGGGUUUGGAGAAAUAGAGAGGGUGAGGUUGGGCAAGGGAAAGACAAUCCCCUCCGGUGUCUGUGUGUGUUGGGGUGGGGGGGGGGGGGGGGGGGGGGGGGGGGGGGGGGGUGUUCAUGUCUUAUUAUUGCCAAUAAUGACCUUUAGUGGAAAAUAAUUGGUGGAAAAAGUCAGACUUACUUUGUCUUGAGAGAAUGACAACACCUGCUCUUCUCUCCUACAGCUGUGGCUUUAUUUAACAAGACUUAAAAAUACCCUGGCAAGUGGUGUGAAAUAUGUUACUAUGGCGAUGAUAUAGCACACCUUAUGUUAUUUGUGUUCCUACAAUGUCCCAUGUGUCUCAGGUGUGUGAUAGCGCUUUUAGCCACAACAAUUCUUCAACUGACUUUGGUUGCUGUGGUUACAAGCAUUCUCGCAUUUACACACCGUUCACAACGACUUUCCCCUUGUGAAAGUUUUCAUAUGCGCUGCUUUCAAUGACGCAAGCUAAUUUCUCUUUCUCCUUCUUUCUCUCUCUCUCCCGCUCUCUCUCCCUAUGCCCCAUGUUUCUGUGUGUUCAGAUGUAUCGCGCAGUGACAAGAAGGAGAGCCGGUGCCCUACGCCAGGCUGCGAUGGCACGGGUCACGUGACAGGGUUGUACCCUCACCAUCGGAGCCUGUCUGGCUGUCCGCACAAAGACAGGGUGCCACCUGAAAGUAAGCACUGCACAUACACAAUUCACUCUACCACUCAACUCAGUAAACAAGGUCUGCAUGUUUCUUUGUUUUGUCUGAAUGCUGUGUGUUUGUUAUGGAUGUUCUGUGUUUGCUAGUCAGGUGGGGAGUGCGGUGGGAGGGGCGUGUGGGCUACAGAUGCUCUCCUGGUGUGACCUUUGGAUGCAUGGGGUCAUGGGUUUGCUUGUGUUAUUCGAUGACUGAUAACCUGCUCAGUCUACUGUCUAAUGAUGGGGGGCAUCUGCACCCACUGUUUCAUUCAGAUAAUUAUUUUUACUUAAGCAAUUCCUCUUGCAUUUUCUCCCUGAAUUCCUAUCAUAUUUACCUGCACAAAGUAAGAUCCCACUGGGCACAGAUGUCAAUUCAAUGUCUAUUCCACGUUGGUUCCACAUCAUUUCAUUGAAAUUAUGUGGAAACAACGUUGAUUCAACCAGUUUGUGUUGAGACUGAGUAUGCAUAUCAAUCUCCAACGCACAAUAAGCCCAAAUAAUUUAUUUGUAUUCUUUGCUCAAUUAAAUUCAGUUGAAUAAAAUAAUUACAGCUUUGUGUGGCAGAUCAACUGUAGUGGCGAUAAACAUUAGCCAGUCUCCGUCUGAAGUUUUCACCCCGGCUAUUUGGUCCCAUUCACCAACCUUCUCAAUAAAACCUCUUUAACACAUGUCAUUAACCCGGAGUCAGAAGGUAAAGUUAUGAUCUGCCAUGACCCAGACUGCUAAUAAAAAUAAAAUAGUUUAAAAAAAAGAAUGGCACAGAAAUUAGUUAACAUAAGACAUGGCCUUAAAGAGUACCCAGUUAUCAGACAUGGCUGUUUUUGCUUUGAGUACUAUGCUUAGAGCCAGGAGAUUUCCUGGCCCUACAGAUGCCAUAUCUUAAUUUGAUAAUCCUGUUGUUGCAGGAGAACUUUCCAGGAAAUAUCUAACUUGUAGUGUAGCCUAUUCAAGGUUUAAAAAGGCUUCUGAAAUUUGUAAUUUUCACUUCAAAAUGUCAGACCAGUAUGUCAGACUUGAUUUUGAUUAUUGUACUACAAUGUUGAGGGAGCUAGCACGCAGUCAUUUCAUUGCACCUUUUAUAACUGCUGUAAACUGUGUACGUGACAAAUACAAUGUUAUUGAUUUGAACAUGCUGUUAAAAGGUGACCUGGUACAGGUUGUGUGAGGUAUCGACAGGACUCUACUUUAAAAAGCAUUAUUUGCCAUGGUGCAGCCAGACACCAGGUUUCUCCCUGUCGGUGGUCAAUACCCCCUCAGUACACACACACACACACACAAACACACACACACACACACACACACACACACUAGCUGACAGUGAGGAGGCAGAGGGAAGGAGGGAGGCGUAUCUGUCACACAGUGCCUGCAGGGAUGAGUCAGAGCCAUAGGAGGAGCCCUCUCUCCUAUUAACACAUUUACUGUACUGAGUGGACAAUACAUUAUUAAUGCAAUGUCUUCAUUUCAUUUUUUUGCAAUCACACAGUGCACAAGACGCUUCCUAGGGAAAUCUAGGAUAUGAAAAUGAAGUGAUGUUACAAAUUAAUUAUUCAUUUUUCGUGUUUGCUUAUUGAACCGUGUCUUUGUUGAAUUUCAAAUAUUGAUUCCCCUCAUAACAGAUCUUUGUUUUUGUUCCUGAAAAUGGUGUACUGUACCUACCAAGUAGAGUACAAAAUGUAGCAUACACUCAAGAAUCACUGCUUUUUCCGCCUGACAUUUUUCAUAUUCAAAUCCCAACAAUUUAUAGUCAUUAUAACAGUCUCUUUGUCAUGGUCAGGCAGAGUAGUGAUGUAAUCGAAUAUAAUGUGUUGGCUCUUGGCGUGUUGAGGUGGAGGGCCUGUCCCAAUUACCUCUUCUGUGCUCUAAAUAGUAUGUCAGAGAGUGACGAUGACGAGGGUCAGAGUGUAAGGUGUGAUAAUGAUGAAGCUGAUGCAGAUGAUGAAGUUGACGCAGAGACCAAUUUUAAAGGCCCAGUGCAGUCAAAAAGGUAUUUGUCCUGUGUUUUAUAUAUAUUUCCACAGUAUGAGGUUAGAAUAAUUAGUUAAUAGACCAAUAAGAUAGAGAGUACCAAACCUCUCUGCCAAUAACAGCUAGUUUUCAGUUUUCCCCUCACCACUCAGACCACUCCCAGACAGUCUUAGCAAAAUUCUUGCUUGAGAAAUUGCUCUUUGCUACGAAGCUAUUUUUGUUUCUUUUUGACAAUUUUAAUUGAAAACAAUCACAGUAAGGAACUUAAUUGUUACCCAGAAAUGAUUUGGUAUUGAGAUGAAAACGGCUGCAUUGGACCUUUAACCCAUACUGCAGGGCGUCUGUCUGACCCCUCCCCUCUCUCCCAUCUGGGGUUUCUCAACCGGGUCCUCUUCGAGACGUCUGUAGAUAGAUCAUUAUUCUAAUUGGCUGCCAUGGGGAGUGGAGACAGUUAUGGACUGUUAUAAUGGUCAAUGCUAUUGAAGGCAGGAAUAUCUAAUAAUGGGUGGAGGAUAACAAAGAGCAUAAUCUAUGUAUAGAGAGAGAGAAUCAUAUACUGCAUGUGUCUGGCACGAUCCGUGGAAUUCUGGCAUGUCUUCUGCAUGGUCGUUAUCCAUUGGCUGUUGGCUACUCGCUCUGUUCUCUGCAUGCCUCAAGCUUCUUCUGUCUUCUGUGUCUGGUUGUGUCCUAGGCUAGCACUCUUAGAUUACUUUCUCUUCUCCACUAUACUCCCCUUCUUCAAUCCACAGUGAUCUGAAAAUACUAGAUCAGUGAAAGCAGUAUGGUGGCAAUAUAAAAGCAUGUCUGCCCUUUCAGACUAUAGUGCCCUACAGGUAGAAGGAAAUCUCAGAUUGCUGGGACAGAUCCUAAUGAGGAUGAUGAUACCAAGCUGCUGACACUCUCUCUCACACACUAAUGAUACUGUCUGGUUGUGGGGCUUCUAACCUUCCCUAUCUCUCUUUAUUGCUCUCCUGUCUGUCUGUCUGUCUGUCUGUCUGUCUGUCUGUCUGUCUGUCUGUCUGUCUGUCUGUCUGUCUGUCUGUCUGUCUGUCUGUCUGUCUGUCUGUCUGUCUGUCUGUCUGUCUGUCUGUCUGUCUGUCUGUCUGUCUGUCUGUCUGUCUGUCUGUCUGUCUGUCUGUCUGUCUGUCUGUCUGUCUGUCUGUCUGUCUGUCUGUCUGUCUGUCUGAAGUCCUUGCUAUGUAUGAGAAUGUUCUUAAGUGUCCUACACUGGGCUGCACGGGACGUGGCCAUGUCAAUAGCAACAGGAACUCCCACAGAAGGUGAGUCGCCAAUCAUAUUGGAAAAUGGCAGGAUCGUCUGUGUUACGUCCUCCUUUUGUUCAGUUGGAGAUUUUUCUAUGUUAUGUCCAAUGACGGGUGGUUACUUUAUCCUGGUUUCUUGCCUCUUUAUUUAUAUUUUCUCUUUCUUUUGUUCUUUACUGGAUAUUCCUGAUUAUUUUGUAUUUAUUUUGUCAUUUGUUUAUCUAUUCAUAUAUUUAGGUUCCAAUUGUAUCAUCAAUUUGCCAAUUAUUUUGUGUCUGUAUAUUGUUGCAGAAAUGUAAAAGGGGUUUACAAAAGUAGUUGGCUUUGGAAAUCUCAGUUACCACUACAACUGUACCCAACUUUGUGGUUGCUCAUUUGAUCCUAAAUCUGGAGUCACACAUGAAAUGCUGUAAUCCACACCUCAGAUGAAAGAAUCAUGGGUCAAGGUUUCCGGGAGAGAAGCUGUGUUUAUGGGUGUGGGUGUUGAGGGUGGAACUGAAAUAGCAGUGUGCUCCCCUCUCCUGUCAGACAGACAAAGACUGAGAGAUGGUAGUGAGAGAGAGGUGUAAUAGUGAAGGUGUAAACUUGGCAGUAGAAAAACUAAACAGUAUAUUUGACCUCUCAGCUUCCCUAUCAAAUCUAAACAUUUCAAGCAGACAACCUAAGAAAAUUAACAACAAUGACAAAUGGUUUGAUGAAGAAUGCAAAAACCUAAGAAAGAAAUUGAGAAACCUAUCCAACCAAAAACAUAGAGACCCAGGAAACCUGAGCCUUUACUAUGGUGAAUCACUAAAACAAUACAGAAAUACACUACGGAAAAAGAAGGAACAGCAUGUCAGAAAUCAGCUCAAUAUAAUUGAAGAAUCCAUAGAAUCUAACCACUUCUGGGAAAAUUGGAAAACUCUAAACAAACAACAACACAAAUAGUUAUCUAUCCAAAAUGGAGAUGUAUGGAUAAACCACUUCUCCAAUCUUUUUGGCCCUAUAACAAAGAACAAACAGAAAAAACAUAUACAUGAUCAAAUGCAAAAUCGUAGAAUCAACUAUUAAAGACUACCACAACCCACUGAAUUAUCCAAUUACAUUGAAUGAACUACAGGACAAAAUACAAACCCUCCAACACAAAAAGGCCUGUGGUGUUGAUGGUAUCCUAAAUAAAAUGAUAAAAUAUACAGACCACAAAUUCCAAUUAGCUAUACUUAAACUCUUUAACAUCAUCCUCACCUCUGGCAUAUUCCCUAAUAUUUGGAACCAAGGACUGAUCACCACAAUCCACAAAAGUGGAGACAAAUUUGACCCCAAUAACUACCAUGGGAUUGCGUCAACCGCAACCUUGGGAAAAUCCUCUGCAUUAUCAUUAACAGCAGACUCAUACAUUUCCUCAGCGAAAACAAUGUACUGAGUAAAUGUCAAAUUGGCUUUUUACCAAAUUACCAUACGACAGACCACAUAUUCACCCUGCACACCCUAAUUUACAAACAAAUAAAACAAAACAAAGGCAAAGUCUUCUCAUGCUUUGUUGAUUUCAAAAAAGCUUUCAACUCAAUUUGGCAUGAGGGCCUGCUAUAGAAAUUGAUGGAAAGUGGUGUUGGGGGGAAAACAUACGACAUUAUAAGAUCCAUGUACACAAACAACAAGUGUACGGUUAAAAUUGGCAGAAAACACACAUUUCUUUCCACAGGGCCGGGGGGUGAGACAGGGAUGCAGCUUAAGCCCCACUCUCUUCAACAUAUAUAUAUCAACAAAUUGGCGAGGGCACUAGAACAGUCUGCAGCACCUGGCCUCACCCUACUAGAAUCUGAAGUCAAAUGUUUACUGUUUGCUGAUGAUCUGGUGCUUCUGUCCCCAACCAAGGAGGGCCUACAGCAGCAGCUAGAUCUCUGCACAGAUUCUGUCAGACCUGGGCCCUGACAGUAAAUCUCAGUAAGACAAAAAUAAUGGUGUUCAAAAAAAGGUCCAGUUGCCAGGACCACGAAUACAAAUUCCAUCUACACACCGUUGCCCUAGAGCACACAAAAAACGAUACAUACCUCGGCCUAAACAUCAGCGCCACAGGUAACUUCCACAAAGCUGUGAACGAUCUGAGAGGCAUGAAGGGCCUUCUAUGCCAUCAAAAGGAACAUAACAUUUGACAUCCCAAUUAGGAUCUCGCUAAAAAUACUUGAAUCAGUUAUAGAACCCAUUUCCCUUUAUGGUUGUGAGAAAAGAGCCGUUAAAUUCUACAACCACCUAAAAGGAAGUGAUUCCCAAACCUUCCAUAACAAAGCCAUCACCUACAGAAAAAUGAACCUGGAGAAGAGCCCACUAAGCAAGCUGGUCCUGGGGCUCUUUUUACAAACACAAACAGACCCCACAGAGGCCCAGGACAGCAACACAAUUAGACCCAACCAAAUCAUGAGAAAAAAAAAAGAUAAUUACUUGACACAUUGGAAAGAAUUUACAAAAAAACAGAGCAAUACCUGACAACUGUGACUGACCCUAAAUUAAGGAAAUCUUUGACUAUGUACAGACUCAGUGAGCAUAGCCUUGCUAUUGAGAAAGGCCGCCGAAGGCAGACCAGGCUCUCAAGAGAAGACAGGCUAUGUGCACACUGCCCACAAAAUGAGGUGGAAACUGAGCUGCACUUCCUAACUUCCUGCCAAAGGUAUGACCAUAUUAGAGACACAUAUUUCCCUCAGAUUACACAGACCCACAAAGAAUUCGAAAACAAAUCCAAUUUUGAUAAACUCCCAUAUCUAUUGGGUGAAAUACCACAGUGUGCCAUCACAGCAACAAGAUUUGUGACCUGUUGCCACAAGAAAAGGGCAACCAAUGAAGCACAAACACCAUUGUAAAUACAACCUAUAUUUAUGUUUAUUUAUUUUCCCUUUUGUACUUUAACUAUUUGCACUUCAUUACAACUCUGUAUAUAGACAUAAUAUGACACUUGAAAUGUUUUAUUGUUUAUUUCACUUUUGUUUAUUAUCUAUUUCACUUGCUUUGGCAAUGUAAACAUAUGUUUCCCAUGCCAAUAAGGGGGGGUGGUGGGGGCUUUGAGGCUAGGAGAGCAGGAGAGAAGAAGGGAGUCACCCACAGCAGAUGUUAGGGUGUAGAAGCAGCCAUUAUCACCUCUCUACCACCUCUGGCAGGAGGGAAGGAAGGCUACUGACCUGGGAAGACUGGAGCUCUCUCCUGCUGAGCACAGUGUCACUCACAAACUGACACUAAGACAGGCAUACACACAUUCUCACACAAAUAGACACACAGUACAUACACACAGACAUACACACACUGACUGUCUGAGAAUGUGCACAGUCAUGCACACUAACACACACAACUGCUAACCUAUACUCACACCUCAAGAAAAUAGCGCUCACUCCACCUGCACUGGCUGAGGGCCAUGAUCUAAAGAACUUAUCUACUGGGACUUCAACUCACUUUACACUUGAUGACAUUUAUAAAGAAGAACUUGGGAAAUUAUAAAUAACAACAAAGGGCCUUUUUAACCUUGGGAUGUUGGUGUGUGUGUAUUGGGAGGUUGAUUGGUUUGUGUGUGUGUGUGUGUGUGUGUGUGUGUGUGUGUGUGUGUAUAUGUAUAUACAGUAUAUAUACUAUCCUCUUGCAAUAGGACCAGCUGGAUGGUAAAAACAGUGCUAAUAGUACCUCAAAAGUAAUAUUAAUCAAGAAAUAACUAUUGACCAUGCCAAAAGAGUUGAAAAGGAAAGUUUUGAGUGAGGAAAAGAAGGGUUCAGUUAUGGCUUUACUGGCAGAGGGAUACAGUGAGCGUCAGGUUGCUUCCAUCCUUAAAAUGUAAAAGACGGCGGUUCAUAAGAACAAGGUCAAGCAGCAGACAUUGGGGACAACACAGCUGCAGACCGGUAGAGGGCGAAAAGGACUCUCUACUGACCGGGAUGACCGCCAACUAAUUCGAAUGUCACUCAACAACCGUAGGAUGACAUCAAGUGACCUACAAAAAGAAUGGCAAACGGCAGCUGGGGUGAAGUGCACGGUGAGGACGGUUUGAAACAGGCUCCUAGGGGCAGGGCUGAAGUCGUGCAAAGCUAGAAAAAAGCCCUUCAUCAAUGAUAAGCAAAGAAGAGCCAGGCUGAGGUUUGCAAAAGACCAUAAGGAUUGGAACGUAGAGGACUGGAGUAAGGUAAUCUUCUCUGAUGAGUCCAAUUUUCAGCUUUGCCCAACACCUGGUUGUCUAAUGGUUAGACCUGGAGAGGCCUACAAGCCACAGUGUCUCGCACCCACUGUGAAAUUUGGUGGAGGAUCGGUGAUGAUCUGGGGGUGCUUCAGCAAGGCUGGAAUCGGGCAGAUUUGUCUUUGUGAAGGACGCAUGAAUCAAGCCACGUACAAGGUUGUCCUGGAAGAAAGCUUGCUUCCUUUUGCUCUGACAUUGUUCCCCAACUCUGAGGAUUGGUUUUUCCAGCAGGACAAUACGCCAUGCCACACAGCCAGGUCAAUCAAGGUGUGGAUGGAGGACCACCAAAUCAAGACCCUGUCAUGGCCAGCCCAAUCUCCAGACCUGAACCCCAUUGAAAACUUCUGGAAUGUGAUCAAGAGGAAGAUGGAUGGUCACAAGCCAUCAAACAAAGCCGAGCUGCUUGAAUUUUUGCGCCAGGAGUGGCAUAAAGUCAAGACGCAUGAAAGCUGUGAUUGAAAAUCAGGGUUAUUCAAACCAAAUAUUGAUUUCUGAACUCUUCCUAAGUUAAAACAUUAGUAUUGUGUUGUUUAAAAAUGAACAUGAACUUAUUUUCUUUGAAUUAUUCGAGGUCUGACAACACUGCAUCUUUUUUGUUAUUUUGACCAGUUGUCAUUUUCUGCAAAUAAAUGCUCUAAAUGACAAUAUUUUUAUUUGGAAUUUGGGAGAAAUGUUGUCAGUAGUUUAUAGAAUAAAACAAAAAAUUUAAUUUCACCCAAACACAUACCUAUAAAUAGUAAAACCAGAGAAACUUAUAUUUUUGCAGUGGUCUCUUAAUUUUUUCCAGAGCUAUAUAUAUUGGGUUGCAGGGAGGGGAUUGUGUCUGCAUGUGGUUUAAUCUCAGAAUUCCCUGAAGCCACUCAACCAGAAAUAAGCAAGCUGUUAUUAUAACCAACUGUGUUGUUAUUUAAAAUGUUUGAUGAAAAUUAAUGAUAUUGGAAAUUAACCAAAGACUUAUCUUAUUGAAAGGCAGGCAGGCAAACAGGUGGAUAAUCAGGCAGACAGACAACCUGAGCGACAGACAGGUGGCCAGGGAUGCAUUGAAUGGGACCAUUAUAUGCAAAAGAGACUCUAGCCCUGUUUAUACCUGCCGCUUACAUGUGUCCUUCAUCCUGACCUUUCCUGAUCUUAUCCUGAUCUUGCCCGUUUACAUUUAUAAGAUCUGAUCAAAAUCAGUUCACAAAGAGUCUUUUAAUCAUGUAAAAAUAUGGGUACAAUCAAAAUGUGGACAAGAUCAGGAAAAGGACGCAUGUUAGAACCAAGUAUAAACGGGGCUUCUGUGUCUCAAUGGGCUUUUCCUGGUUAAAAAAUAAAAAAUAAGAUAUGACCAGUCUCCCUUCCAUUCCUGGUUGUCUUACUCAUCCCCCCCUGUCCCUCCAGUCUGUCAGGGUGUCCCAUCGCUGCAGCAGAGAAGCUGCAGAAAGCCCAGGACAAGAGCAUCGGUUGUGACGGCUCCUCCAAGUCUAACCAGGGUUCUGACCGCGUGCUCAGGUACUGUUCUGACUGAUCACCACACUACACUCAGCAUACAUGGGGAACACCUCACUGGGAGAGACAGUAUAGGCACAGUCGAAAGGCCUGAAUAUAUGAAUUGGACCUCAAAUGCUCUACCAGGGUUGAGUUCAAUUUCAUUUCAAAUGAUUGUACUCUUUCAGAACUGGCUGAAUUGAAAUGGAAUAGACCCCAUUCUAGAGCUCUACCUUACACCCUUACCUACCUUACUAUGGCUUUGCUUUCAUUAGUUAGUGUUGGAAGGUUUUCUUAAUUACUGUAUUAUAGAUUUAAAUGGUUCUCUAUGUCUGUUUGAUUUCUUUAUUUUUUGAUAUCUCAGACAGUUAUAGUUUGGAGAAGCUCUACAUUAAUGUUCUUGUUGAUGAAGUGAAAGCCUUUAUUGGAUUUUAGAGAGCAGAAUCAUUUCAGCAAAUGUUUCUUUGAAAUGCCUGAUAAGAUAACAAUUAAAAAAGUAAUAAGCAAUGGUAGAUAUAACAUUUCUAUCAAAUUAGACUGCAUUACUUAUUCAAGCUCUGAUCGUUUUUAGAUUAGAAAAUUAGAAAAUGAAUGAAUGAAUAUCAGAGAAAAUGCAUGGCUUUAAUUGUGAGUUCUGUUUGGGUAAGACAUUUUAGGAGACAUUGUAGUGUUGCAAUAAAAGACAGCAUAGACAUGUAGCUUAGAUUAACUCAAAGCUCAAUGCAAGGAUCCUCUGAGGUUUUAGUUGACUGUCGCCUUGCCAUUUCCCUCCCCCCCUCCUCCCUUCCCACCUCCCCUGCGUGAUGUUUGGUGCCUCUGCUCUGUCCAACCUACGCCCCCUCGUGGUUUAUUUUCCAGGCCUAUGUGCUUUGUGAAACAGCUGGAGAUCCCUCAGUACGGCUACAAGAACAACGUGUCCACCAGCACGCCGCGCUCCAACCUGGCCAAGGAGCUGGAGAAGUACUCUAAGACCAGCUUUGACUACAGCAGCUUCACUGACAGCAGCCACACCAACAAUGUCUACGGCAAACGGGCCAUCGCACCCAAACUCCAAGGCAGGGACACUUCCCCUAAAGGAUAUGAUGGUACAGCCUGACGUGUUGUCUCUUCCCUUUACUCUGUUGUCCUGCUUUAUUGUUGUUCCAGGUUUUCAAUUUGAAUAAUUUUGUGGGUAGAAGGAUGACAAAAGGGUUCCAAAUGUAUUCAGCUGUCCCCAUAGGGGAACCCUUUUUGGAUCCAGGUAGAACCCUUUUGUGUUCCAUGUAGAACCCUAUGUGGAACAGGUUCUACCUGUAACCAAAAUGAUUCUACCUGGAACCAAAAAGGGUUCUUCAAAGGGUUCUCCUAUGGGGACAGCCGAAUAACCCUUUUAGGUUCUAGAAAUCACCUUUUUUCUUCUAACAGCAUGGUAUAUGAAUUGUCUGUAUUUAGAAGGUAUUUUUCUCCACAGAUUCAUUGUAGUUUUGUCCCUUGUUUCCAAAUAUAUAGUUGAAAUGAAUGCAUCUCCCUUAGCCAAGCUACUAUAAGAGCAUUUCCAUGCAGUGGAUGUGUUUCUACUGGUGGAUAACUAUCCCUACCCCUGUGUAUGUCCUUCAGCCAAGCGCUACUGUAAGAACUCCAGCUCAGCGAGCAGCACGACUAGCACCUACGCCCCCAGCAGCAGCAAUAGCAGCCUGAGCUGUGGAGGAGGGGGCGGAGGGGGAGGCAGCAGCGCCAGCUCCACCUGCAGUAAGAGCAGCUUUGACUACACACACGACAUGGAGGCUGCCCACAUGGCCGCCACGGCCAUCCUCAACCUGUCCACGCGCUGCAGAGAGAUGCCCCACUGCCUGGGAGGAAAACCCCAGGAUCUCUGUACUCAGGUAGGUUGCUUAUUAACUACUUAUAUAUAUUACCAGUCUAUCAUAGUAUUGGUUAAACCUUUGAAUGAUAUCCUACAACCACAGUCCCAUGCCACUGCUAGUGGCAUUUCCCUCCAAGCUUCCUCUGUCCUGCCAGGUAAUGUGAGCAGUGAUGAGUGAGGAUGAUAUGGUCUCUUUAGCCAUGAACGCUGGCGAUCUGUUAAAGAGAUAUCCACGGCUGUGUCUCUGGCACGGCGCUCAGCGGGACAGCUUUUUAUUUCCCUUCCAGGGAUCAGAUAGGGUAGUUAGGAGGCACGGCGGGAUGGGACGGAUCGCCGUCGACGCGCUGUGA